GAGCGAGCCUCCAUGCUGGUGAUCCUGUUGAACUGCGUCACCCUGGGGAUGUUUCAACCCUGUGAGGACCACGACUGCCACUCUGAAAGGUGCAAGAUUCUGGAGGACUUUGAUGACUUCAUCUUUGCGUUCUUUGCCGUGGAGAUGGUAAUCAAGAUGGUGGCGCUUGGCAUCUUUGGUAAGAAGUGUUACCUAGGAGACACUUGGAACAGACUCGACUUCUUCAUCGUACUGGCUGGGAUGCUGGAGUACUCUGUUAACCUGCAGAAUGUGAGUUUCACGGCGGUGAGGACAGUUCGAGUUCUUAGACCCCUGCGAGCCAUCAACAGAGUACCUAGUAUGCGUAUCUUGGUGACACUGCUCCUGGACACCCUGCCCAUGCUGGGGAAUGUCCUGCUGCUCUGUUUCUUUGUCUUCUUCAUCUUUGGCAUUGUUGGUGUACAGCUGUGGGCGGGGCUGUUGAGGAACCGCUGCUUCCUGCCUGAGAACUUCUCACGGUCCCUAUCUGUGGAACUGGGCACGUACUACCACACAGAGAACGAUGACGAGAGCCCUUUCAUAUGCUCCAUGCCCAGGGAGAAUGGCAUGCGCCUGUGUUCCUCGGUUCCCACUCUAUAUGAGGAAGGUGGCCUCCAGUGCCAGAUGGACAUUAGCUCCUACAACAGCACAGACAACAGCAGCUGUGUCAACUGGAACCAGUACUACAGUAACUGCUCUGCGGGCGACGUCAACCCCUUUAAAGGGGCCAUAAACUUUGACAACAUCUGCUACGCCUGGAUCGCCAUCUUUCAGGUGAUCACUCUAGAAGGAUGGGUGGACAUCAUGUACUUUGUCAUGGAUUCUCACUCCUUUUACAACUUUAUCUACUUCAUCCUCCUCAUCAUCAUUGGCUCUUUCUUCAUGAUCAACCUGUGUCUGGUCGUUAUCGCCACUCAGUUCAGUGAGACCAAGCAGAGGGAGAGCCAGCUGAUGAAGGAACAGCGCAUCCGUUUCCUGUCCAAUGCCAGUACUCUUGCGUCCUUCUCUGAGCCGGGCUCCUGCUAUGACGAGCUGCUCAAACUCCUGGUCCACGUCAUCCGCAAGGGGUGCAGGCAGUUGGCCCACGUCUGCCGGGCUGCGAUGCGCUACGCUGGGAUGAACAUUGCAGCCUCUCCCCCCGCCCUGGAGAGAGAGAGGGAGAGGGGGAGCCAGCGGAGGAGGAGGAAGGCUUCCAGACAGGGUUCUUUGAUCUCCAGGAAAGGCUCGAUGUCCGUCCAUCACUUGGUUCACCAACAUCACCAUCACCAUCAUCACUACCACCUAGUGAACGGGAGUGUGAGAGGGGGACUUGGGGGGAGGGGGCUGGAGGCCGACGGGGGAGGAGGGGGGGAUGUGGAGACGGGGUCACAUAGCAACAACGGGGGCGCAGGAUGCCUCAUGCUGAGUCCUGCCCCGUUGCCGACCCCAGUCCUGAACUCGGGGAACCCGCCAUCGUCGGCCAAUCCCACGGCGGGAGCCGGCGGCAGUGACACGGCAUCGUUGCGGAGUGCAGGUCACACAGACUGUCCCCCGGAGGCCACCAGCCCCAGCGCACUCACGCCCAGCCCCAGCGCACUCACCCCCAGCCCCAGGCCCUUCCCUCCGGCCCCCGCCCCUCUAUCCAGGGCUAUGAAGAGAAACUCAGUGCCCUUUGCUGCCCCUGGACCGAAGAACUACCCCACCCUACAGCCCAGGACCCUGACAGAGUGCGGAAGGGGCAGCGUUACGGCUAGAACCGUCAGCAAAAUGAACCUCAAUAUACCUCCAGUGCCCCUGGAGAGAGCGAGCCUGGUGGACACACACUCACCCACAGCCCAGCUCUCCUCCCGUGACCUGAGUGCCAUGGGAACCCUGGACCCCUCAUUCACAUUUGACCCUGAGUCGUGCCCUUAUUGUGCCAAGGCCCUGGCCGGGGAGUCAGAGGGCACGGAGGGAAACGAGACGCCCGGGGACUCAGACAGCGAGGGCAUCUACGAGUUCACCCAGGACCUCCACCACAGAGACCGCAGGGACCGACGUGACAGUCGUCAACCCAGGAAGGGGCAGCGAAAGCUGGGUACCACAGCGGGGAGAAUUGUCCGUGCUUGGAGGCUGGUUUGUGAUACCUUUCGGAAGAUAGUGGACAGCAAGUACUUUGGAAGAGGUAUCAUGAUCGCAAUUCUCAUUAACACGCUGAGUAUGGGGAUUGAGUUCCAUGAACAGCCGGAUGAGCUGACCAAUGCUUUAGAGAUCAGUAACAUAGUGUUCACCAGUCUGUUUGCCUUGGAGAUGUUGCUCAAGGUCCUGGUCUAUGGGCCAUUUGGUUACAUCAAAAACCCCUACAACAUCUUCGACGGAAUCAUAGUGGUCAUCAGCGUAUGGGAGAUCGUGGGCCAGCAGGGCGGUGGUCUUUCUGUGUUGCGUACCUUCAGGCUGAUGCGUGUGUUGAAGCUGGUGCGCUUCAUGCCUGCUCUACAGAGACAGCUGGUGGUGCUGAUGAAGACUAUGGACAAUGUGGCCACCUUCUGUAUGCUGCUUAUGCUCUUCAUCUUCAUAUUCAGUAUCCUGGGCAUGCAUCUGUUUGGCUGUAAGUUUGGGUCAGAGAGAGAUGGAGACACUCUACCAGAUAGGAAGAACUUUGACUCACUGCUAUGGGCAAUCGUCACUGUGUUUCAGAUUCUAACCCAAGAGGAUUGGAACAAGGUGCUUUAUAAUGGCAUGGCCUCCACUUCUCCUGUAGCUGCUGUCUACUUCAUCGCCCUCAUGACCUUUGGAAACUAUGUCCUCUUCAACCUGCUGGUGGCUAUCUUGGUUGAGGGCUUCCAGACUGAGGGUGAAGACUCCAAGUCAGUGUCUGAGGCGGAUAUAUCUUCCAGGAGUGUGGAGGACGUGAGCAGCAGUGGAAAAGAUGUGUCUUGCUCACCGGUGGUUCCUAUAAAUGGUCACGUUGACCUGAAGACCAGCCUGACCCCUCCUCUGAUCACCCAUACCGCUGCCACCCCCAUGCCUGUGCCCAAGCUGCCUGCCGUGGGUGACCCUGCCCUGGGCUAUGAGCAUCGACGCGGCAGCAACGUGUCUAUGGACCUGGCGUGCUACGACAAGUCACCGACCAGUGUCCCAUGGAGCUCCACCAGUGGCUGGACCAGCCGUCGAUCCAGCUGGAACAGCUUGGGCCGUGCCCCUUCCCUGAAACGACCAAAGCGUCAGUCCGGCGAACGGCGGUCGCUCCUCUCCGGGGAGGGCGGCUCAAGUUCCGAGGAUGAGGAAGGUGGAGGAGGGGGUACAUCAGAGGGGGAUGAUGCGUCCCUGUGUCGCACCGACUCCACGUCUCAGUCCCAAGCGCGACACAGGAGGAUGGAGUCUGUGGAGACCAGGGGGUCUAUAGAUCUGGCCCCCGACACACUCCUACAGGUACCCUAUCUGCAUCGCUCGGCCAGCAUGCACAGCUCCAGACCCGCCUCGCUGGGGGGCCCGAGGGCCCUGGAACACAGUGACUGCAAUGGGAAGGGCUCAGCAGUUCUAGGGGGGCCCAUCGUCCCUACACAGCUGUCACUGGAGGAUAACACGGAGGAUGACACGGCAGAGGAGGAGGUGCUGGUGGGUCGCUUGGCCAGGCUGUUACGCUGGCUGGAGAGGAAACAGCCCGAGUGGUGUCGACAGAGAGACACCUGGUCCCUGUACAUUUUCCCCCCAGACUCCAGGUUUCGGGUGGCGUGCAAUAAGAUAAUAAAUCACAAGAUGUUUGACCACAUCGUUUUGGUCAUUAUAUUCCUUAACUGCAUCACCAUCGCCAUGGAGAGGCCUAGGAUAGACCCAUACAGCGUGGAGCGCAUCUUCCUCACAUUAUCCAACUACAUCUUCACAGCGAUCUUUGUGGCUGAGAUGACAGUUAAGGUGGCUGCCAUGGGCUGGUUGUUUGGCGAUACGGCCUACCUGAGAAGCAGCUGGAACAUUCUGGAUGGCAUGUUAGUGAUGAUCUCAGCCAUAGACAUCCUGGUGUCAUUGGUGUCCAACAGCAGCCCCAAGAUACUGGGCAUGCUCAGAGUCCUGCGCCUGUUACGGACACUCAGGCCACUGCGUGUGAUCAGCAGAGCUCCGGGUCUGAAGCUGGUAGUUGAGACUCUUAUGUCAUCGCUGAAGCCCAUCGGAAACAUUGUGGUCAUCUGCUGUGCUUUCUUCAUCAUCUUCGGUAUCCUGGGAGUACAGCUGUUCAAGGGCAAGUUUUUUGCGUGUCAGGGGGAUGACAUAAGAAACAUCACCAACAAGUCUGACUGUUUAAUGGCCAACUACAAGUGGGUCAGGCAGCAGUACAACUUUGACAACCUGGCUCAGGCUCUGAUGUCUCUCUUCGUGUUGGCUUCUAAAGAUGGUUGGGUGGACAUCAUGUACGACGGACUAGAUGCUGUAGGAGUGGACCAACAGCCACAGCUCAACUACAACCCCUGGAUGCUACUCUACUUCAUCUCCUUCCUGCUCAUUGUCAGCUUCUUCGUGCUCAACAUGUUCGUAGGCGUGGUGGUGGAGAACUUCCACAAAUGUCGGCGUAGCCAGGAGGCCGAGGAGGCAAAGCGCAGGGAGGAGAAGAGACUAAAACGGAUGGAGAAAAAGAGACGGAGUAAGGAGAAGGAGCUGGCUGCUCAGAGUAAGCCUUACUAUUCGGAUUACUCCCCCACGCGGCUCCUCAUCCACAAGAUGUGCACGUCCCAGUAUCUGGACCUCUUCAUUACCAUAGUCAUCGGGCUCAACGUCAUCACCAUGGCCAUGGAACACUACCAACAGCCCAAGGAGUUGGAAAAUGCACUGAGGAUCUGUAACUACAUCUUUACCAUAAUCUUUGUCCUGGAAUCUGUUUUCAAGCUGGUGGCCUUCGGCUUCCGACGCUUCUUCAAGGACAGGUGGAACCAACUGGACCUGGCCAUAGUGUUGCUGUCCAUCAUGGGCAUCACUCUGGAGGAGAUUGAGGUUAACGCAUCCCUGCCCAUCAAUCCUACUAUCAUCAGAAUCAUGAGAGUGCUGAGGAUAGCACGAGUGCUGAAGCUACUGAAGAUGGCAGUGGGGAUGAGAGCGUUGCUGGACACUGUCAUGCAGGCCCUGCCUCAGGUGGGGAAUCUGGGUCUUCUCUUCAUGCUGCUGUUCUUCAUUUUUGCAGCACUGGGAGUGGAACUGUUUGGGGACCUCAUCUGCGAUGAGCUGCACCCGUGUGAGGGUUUGGGUCGCUAUGCCACGUUUAAAAAUUUUGGCAUGGCCUUCCUGCUGCUGUUCAGAGUUUCCACAGGAGACAACUGGAACGGCAUUAUGAAGGACACCCUGAGGGACUGUCAGCAGGAGAACUCAGGCACCUGUUACAACACAGUGGUCUCUCCCAUCUAUUUCGUGUCCUUCGUGCUGACUGCCCAGUUCGUCCUGGUCAACGUGGUCAUAGCCGUCCUAAUGAAGCACCUGGAGGAGAGCAACAAGGAGGCCAAGGAAGAGGCGGAGCUGGAGGCCGAACUUGAGCAGGAGCUGCAACAUGGAGGAGCGGGAUGCGCCGGGAGGUCACCCCAGCUGAGCUCUCUGGCCCUGGGCAUGGAGGUGGGCCGACCUGGGGGUUCCCCGUGGAGGUCUCCCGAGAGGGACCUCCAGAUGAGAGGCAGCGCGAUGGAUUCUCCCCCAGCGGAUAUAACUAGGAGAGACUCCAUACACAUCCGUGCUGAUCCCCCUCCAGGCCUGGAACCGCCACUGAAGCGGAGUGCGAUGUUUGACUCGGUCUCCUUGGUGAUCCAGGGUUCAAUGGAGGGAGAGUUGAGUCUUAUGGACAACCUGUCAGGCUCAAUCUGUCACUACUACGCCUUGCCCCCACUACCCAGCAAGCACUGCAACGACAAGAAGAUCCCUCUAGCGGAGAUGGAAGCUCUCUCUCUGGCCUCGGACAAAUCCUGGUCGCUAGCUCUGACUGACGACUCUGCGCCCGAUGAUAUUAAUCCCCUCUUACUAGCCAAUCUGGAGUCCAACACUGAGUUGCUAGAUCCUGGGGAGCCGUCGGAGGACAACCUGCUGAGUGUACGGAAGUCAGCAGUGGGCCGCACACACUCCCUUCCCAACGACAGCUAUAUGUUCCUGCCUCUGCAGCCGUUAGGACCCCCUGGAGCCCCAGGAAACGGACGGGCCCCCGCGCUGGCCGUAGAGCGCGCUAUGGGGCAGGAGCACAUGGACGUCCUCAAAAGGACACUAUCAGGCUCCUCUUCCUCGGUGCGGUCCCAGCCAGAGGAAGGCUCCAAGCAGCUGUCUGUCCCUACCGACGUCUUCAGGCCCAUCAGUCCUCACAGCCUGUCCGACUCAGAGAGCAUACCCCGGCUGCCCCCCCCACGGCGCGCGCACACGGCUGGCCGCACGCUCCGCAGACAGGUGGCAGUAACUAAUGACUCUCAGGAGGCCCUGUGUCCUGACGGAGGGGAGGGUGAGGAGGGGGUCCUCAAUGUAGCUUCCCUAGCCCUCCCCCUUUCUUCCUCCUCAUCCUCCUUUUCCUCAUCAUCCCAUCUUCAUCAGCAGCCUGCUCUCCGGCUAGUCCCAGCUACCACAGGGACGUCCCCUCAACCAUUGUGCCCAAGCAGUGUCCACACCCAGCCCCCCUCCUCUCAUCACAACCAGCACUCCCUCCACUCCCCCACCUCAUCCCCUCCUCCCCUCCACCCUGCUCGCCUCUGGAGACAGGAAGAGGCCUCGGUCGACCAGGAAGUGUCACUCAUCACCCGGGCGGGGCUGACGGGGAGUGAUGAUGUCAAUGGGGUUGGACUAGGGUUAGAGGUUGGAGGUCUUGAGGGCAGUUACCCAGGUUAUAAAGGUGGUCUUAGUGAGGGGCAUGGGCCUUGCCUGAAGCAGCUGAAGAGAUUCCACAGCGCUGACACCCAAGGGCGGAGUUUCCUAGUGACCAAGCCACGCCCCCUGUCCUGGUUGGACGAUCCUCGGCGCCACUCAGUGGAGGUGUGCUCGUCCGUAGAGUCCAGCCCCCAGCGCAGCACCACGUCCACAUCCUCAGGGUUCGUGUCCCGAACAGACAGCCUCCAGAUACAGUCCCAGACCCCCACCCAGAAUCUGCCCUCUCCCCGACGCAAGAAGAAAAUGAGCCCCCCAUGUAUUUCUGUAGACCCCCCAGAUGGACUGGAGCCCCAGCCAGGUCUCCACCCUGCCCUCGGGGGAAUGGGGAGCCUUGGGAUGCCCCCUCCUUUACCCAGCCGGGAUACCUCCUGUCUGAGGAGACGAGCUCCAUCCAGUGACUCCAAGGACUCCUUUGACCUGGGGGCAGGGGAAGGUGUGGGCCAGGAGGCGGGGGGUCCCGGGCCUAAGCUGUUGACUUUGCCCAGCUUCUCCUUUGAUAAGACGAGCUCGGAGCACUGAACCCUGACUCACACACACACACACACACGGAUGUACACACGCACGCACGCAAACGCACAGACAAACUAAGCACACAGACACACUCGUUGAAACACACGAUGCACUUGGUGUGUCCGUGAUGGUGAUAUAGUCCUAGUGAUAAUGCUGUAGAGAGUAAUUAUGGUGAAACUACAACAAUAUGGUCAUCCUGGGUUUUAUUGAGGAUCAGUGCAGUACUGUCGUAGUGUGACCAUUCCUUGUCUUUGUAUUGUUGUACUGCCUACACAACAAGAACGUGAAAACACAGCAUAACCGGAGAAGAAACAUUCAGAAGUAAGACUGUUUCUCUUCCACCACACUUGCUCGCCAAUCGGCUGCAGGUUGACCCUAUGACCUCUGGAGUGAUGUCAACACCAAGGACUUUGAAUAGCGACGCCCCCCCCCCCCCCUCCCCCCGUGGCCGCUAUUGGGACCGCUCGGUGUUAGACAGUGGAACUUUGCCCUCACGGGCACCAGUGGAGGUAUAAAGCAAUAUGAACGUUUUAGAGACACUAUUUUCUUAAAUUAUUGGGCCAUAGUGUUUGUACAGGAUGUAGAUUUUUUUAUUUCAUGAUAUUUUUUAUUUUGGUGUCCUUUUUUUGUGAUGGCUUUCAUUUUAUCCCUUGUUUGUUUCGAUGUUCAAUAAGUGGUUGGUUUGGUCAUUUUUGUUUUAUUUUUUCACCAUAGGGAUAUUUUCUAGCUUUCUUGAUUUGCUGAGGAAAGUGAGAAUUUUUCAGAAGUGCUGAGAAUCAUGUAUUUGUAGGAAUAAUAUAUAUACAAAAACAACUCAUUAAACUCAGUUUGGAUUUUUAAGCACAAUGAGACUGUCGUGGUUUAAUGUUGGAAUCACAGUGACAGUUUUGGUUUGACAUGACAAUACCUCUUCAGAUAUGUGACCCAGUUUCCUCGUCAUUGUAGGCCUCUGUGUUUUGCACCCCCCCCAAAACAAAAAAAACGGCUGAUAAAACUUGGAACAGCU